UAUAGUGAGUAUCAGAUUUGUUGGCUGUUUCUAUCAAUUCAGUUGUUUUAAAGUUCCAUUGUUUCUCGUUUGCGAUUUCCUAAAGGCAAAUCUACGAUCGGUAAAAAUCAUUUCGUGAUUGUCGACUCCUUGUGCUUUACUUUGGUUUUACUUAAUUUCGUUUCUCCUGUUGCUUUCUCUUUUCAUACCGCUUGGUGAAGACUGUAAAACAGAUCCUCCAAUUAUCUUUUGUCUAUUUACUUACUUACGUAUACACUCGCUUAAUUUUUGCUUUGCUUCAGAAUGACUGGCGAUAACAAAUACUUGGACGGUGGGUUGUCCACCCUUCAGAAAUGCUUCAAAGCCUUCUUUGACAAGCAUUCGGACAAAAUGGGUAGCUCUGAUAAUGUCUCCGGAACUUAUAAUGACAGUGGUAGCUACAUUUACCUUGUUUGGUCGGUUGCUGUUUAUGCCGAGGCUAUGGCAGAUACCUUAAAGUUUACAAACAAGUUUGAAAAAAAGUUUGAAAACGUAUUUCAAUGUUUAAAGAGGUACUGGUCUCCAGAGUACAAUGCUUGUUGUGCUAGUUACUAUUUUCAAGGAAACAAUGAUGUUUAUUUUGACGAUAACGCUCAAGUAGCCAUUGCUCUGGCUACCGCUGGAUACUAUACUUCUAAUAGCUCUCGGAAAAAGCAGUACUUAGACAGAGCCGAAGCAAUUAUUUCUUUUCUUAUCAAUCGUGGAUGGAAUCAACAGAAAGGCGGUGUAGCUUGGCAUGUGAACUCUGGAAGUCCUCCUGGAGGUAACUUGAAUGCUUGUUCCACUGCCAUGUCAGCCCUGGCUGCUUUGCGACUUGCUUUCGCUGUGGAUGACAAUAAGAAGAAACAACAGCUCGUAUCGUUUGCUUGGAAUUGUGUUGAGUGGAUUCAUAAUAAUUUGGUUGACAACUCUCAUCUCGUUUGCGAUGGUCUAAGUAUGAAGGACGGCAAAUGGACCCUUGACUCUGUAAAGUUUACUUACAAUACCGGCGCUACUUUGGCUAGUAUGUCUUUGCUUCUCGGAUUUGAGGAUAUUAUUAAGGGGCUUCCCAAUAUUGGCAAAAUACAUUCUUACAUGGAAAACAUGGCCGAAGCUGCUCUUAACACGAAAAGUGCUAUGUACGAUCAAUCCUGCAAGACCGAUUUCAAAACUUGGAAAGAUAAUACCUUUUUCGCUCAGCAUCUGGCUGAGGGAUUAAUGACUUUUUCUUUUGCUAUGCCCACUUCUUCUUACGCAAAGCCUGCUCAGCAAAUGGUCUUUGAUCAAGCAGAGUUUAUAAUGAAGUACAUCCGCGAUCCCAAGGACGGUCUCUAUUUCCGUGAUUUGAAUCUCUAUAAAAUCAGUCAAGAUUUAACGAAUACCUUUAACAAAAUUUUUCAUGCUAACCAGAAUUUUCAGCCAGAUAAAGAUGAACGCAUCCAAGGUGAUGGUCCAGUUGAAAAACAACCACUCUGCAAAUCAUUGAUUGGAAGCUCAGGUGCCGCUCGGAUGCUAUUUCCCGCUGCUGAAAUAAAAAUUCGUAGCGAAAAUCCUCAAAAGGGUCCUAUUUUAGGAAGACGACCCUCGGGCGGCAAAGAUGACAAAAGUUGUUUUAUAUGCUAAGUUCCUUACUUUCCCUUCGCAUUCUCCACUUUUUAAAUACCUCUCUACCCACUACCUAAUUAUGGAGAUUUUAUGAACGGCAUUUUAUCACCCAAGACGGUUCCUUGUUCAAUGAAGAAAAAUAUACUAUAAACUUCUUUACAGAGUUAUUUAAGCAAUAAAAUAUUAUUUUCCUCUAUCAUAUAUAAAGAUAACCUUCUGC